AUUCACCGCGAAACCGGGUGACAGCCUGCCACCUUAGUCACUCUCGACUGCGAAUGAUAUAUUUUCUCUAUAUAUGUUAACGCUCCCAGCGAUCAUUCUAGGUCUCACUCAACACUCCUUCUCCGACACUCUCUUCGGUCUCAGAGGUGCGUUUUUUGCGAGCUUUCGAACAUGGCCGAGGCUGCACCCGUGAAUGCCGAGCUCCUGGAGUGGCCGAAGCAGGACAAGCGCCGCAUGCUCCACGCCGUUUACCGGGUCGGCGAUCUCGAGCGCACGAUCAAGUUCUAUACGGAAUGUUUUGGCAUGAAGUUGCUGAGGAAAAGGGACAUUCCUGAGGAGAAAUACUCCAAUGCCUUCCUCGGAUUCGGCCCCGAAGAAUCUCACUUUGUAGUGGAGUUGACAUACAAUUAUGGAGUGCAUUCUUAUGAUAUUGGAAGUGGCUUUGGACAUUUUGCCAUUGCGACUCAAGAUGUGUACAAGAUGGUUGAAGAUGUCAAGGCCAAGGGUGGCACAGUCACAAGGGAGGCUGGUCCAGUGAAAGGUGGAACGACUGUCAUUGCUUUCGUGAAGGACCCGGAUGGUUAUCUCUUUGAGCUAAUUCAAAGAGGUCCAACUCCACAACCACUUUGCCAAGUGAUGCUUCGAGUUGGUGAUUUGGAGCGCUCAAUUAAGUUUUACGAGAAGGCAUUGGGCAUGAAAAUGUUGAGGACAAUAGAUAAUCCCCAGUACAAGUACACCUUGGCCAUGAUGGGUUAUGCUGAUGAGUAUGAGACAACUGUGGUGGAGCUCACCUAUAAUUAUGGGGUUACUGAGUAUACCAAGGGCAAUGCAUACGCACAAAUUGCCAUCAGCACUGAUGAUGUCUACAAGAGUGGUGAGGUAGUUAAGCUGGUUACUGAAGAGCUUGGUGGGAAAAUAACUAGACAGCCAGGACCAGUUCCUGGGAUCAACACCAAAAUUGUCUCUUUCCUUGAUCCGGAUGGUUGGAAAACUGUCCUGGUUGACAAUGAAGACUUCCUGAAGGAACUGCAGUAGAAAGCUUGUGAUGGUGUGAGUUGCCCGAUGUGAUGGGCAGAUGCAUAAGCUUUUCUAUCUGCUAUAAAUAAACUUAGUUUGUAUUGGCCAUCAAUUACCAACUACCAGUGCGUGCUUUAUGCUUGUGUUUGGCCA